AUGGGGUUGGGGAGGUUGAUGGUGACUUUGAAAUCGAAGAUAAGGUGUUUGAAGAUUGUGAAGAAGGGUGAGUAUGAUAAGGUGGAGAAGAGUGAGAGCAUGAGAAUGGAGAUUAGGAGCAGGAAGGCCAGAAAACUCAUUGAAGAGACCCUCAAAGUGGCUGAUUCACCAAAGUCCAAAACUUAUAUCCUGGGAAGAAUGUGA